GUUGGCGUCAUAUCGUUGCAUCAUAAAUCGGCUGUUUAAUCAUCAUUGUUAGAACCCGGCAUAUUUGCUCUGCAACAACCUGCUAAAAUGGAUCGUCAAAGCACCGCCGAUUCCGUUGUCUCCUGUUGCGCGGCUGCUGGAGGACAAUGCAAUUGCGCAGAGAUACAAAAUGAGACGAUAAUCAAGUGGCAACAACAACACCAACCAAAUGUACCUCAGCAAGAAACACCCGAACAACAACAAGUAACGGAAGCCCAAGAGGAAAUUAUUCCCUUGAUAGCUACUAAGAAAGAGUUGGAUGAUCUGCAGCAGAAUUUAGCUAUGGAGGAUUAUUUUAAUGAUAUAAGGCUAAAGCUGAAGGCUAAAAUAAAGGCCACAGUAACGAAGGCACGACUUCAUGAGGCCUUAUAUCUGAUCUUCAAUAGGUUGUUUCUAGUAGAAUGUAGUUGGAGUGGAAGAGGAGGCAAAAUAGCUUUUCGGAAGUACGAUCAGGUGUUGCGGCUAUUUGGUCGCAUAGGUGAUGUCGGUGAAAAAAACGUUGAGAAAGCAUUCCUUGAGAAAUUUAUUCAAGGAAAACUUCAGAAUGCAAAAAACAGUUCAACUAUAUCUGGUGUGAUUAAAAGUGUGACUCGUGGUUCAUUCACACGGAAGACCAAAGGACGGCGUAACAAAAAAAUUUAAAAUAUAGUUUAGU